AUAAGAAUAAUUAUAGAAUCAGUGCAUGAUCACUGCAUAGUCUAAAUAAAGAAAUAGCUCGUAGAUUAUCCUAGUCUAAAAAUAACAAGCCAACGACAUAAACAAUUUAUAUAUAAAUUGAUAUAGGAAAUUUGAAAACUUAUUCAAGUGUAGCAGGGCUACACAAAAGUCAUUUCAAGUUAGAAUACAGACUUCAUUUUUUGUGCCCUGCUUUUAAUAGUUAAAAACUGGGGACAUUGAUUCUGGUGUCUGUCCAUCCAGUUCUCUGACUGUCCGUCAUUUUGUCUGUCAUACUUUCAGUUCCAGACUCUAUCUCUAAAAGUCCAUAGGAAGUUUCACACAAUAGAGUGCCUUGAAGGAGAUCUCCAUUGAUUUUGAGGUCAAAAGAUCAAAGAUUGUGCCAUGACUCAAGGUGAUGAAUCAGAAAGACCUCUUGAUCAGAUUGAGAAAGACCUCUUUAUAUCAGAAGGUUGUACACAGUGGACUGAAGCCAGCACUCUGAACAUUACAUUCUCAUGCAGAUGUCAAGGUCACACUUCUCCUUGGUAACCAGGUCCCAGGUCAGCGUUCCAGGACAGUCAGGGCGAUCCUGCUGGUGGGGGCUAAAUACCUCAUUGAAUAUUGCUGCAGUCUCUGCGGAGGUGUAAUGGUGUGUGGAAGUCUCUUUUUGUCCAAAGUAACCAUUACACGCCUGUUUUAAGACAGGAUGUACGUGUGUGUAUUAUGCUACAGUGAUGUCUGUUUGAAGGAAGGGAGAAAAUGCAACGGACCCUGAUCCCCUGAAUCUCUAGUCAGCUCCACCAGCAGACCAGACCAGGAUUCAAACCCUGGUCCCCUGAAUCUCCAGUAAGAUGCUCUAUAUCAACUGAGCUACAUGUAUCUGCAUGGCCACCAGUGAUGGAACCCGUCUGACCAAUACACAGGACUUAUCUUCCUGGGCCUUAAGAUCAGAUGGUGACACCCUGGGCACAGGGAGCAUUUCCUGUCUCUUCAGGCCAAACUAUAAAACAUUUCGUCACCGGCUUCAAGAAUUGGCAAUACAAAACAGGUUCGGUAUAGCCGAUACCAGAAAAACAACACCCUACAACCUGUUCAUCAGCCGAUACCAGAAAAACAACACCCUACAACCUGUUCAUCAGCCGAUACCAGAAAAUCAACACCCUACACCCUGUUCAUCAGCCGAUACCAGAAAAUCAACACCCUACACCCUGUUCAUCAGCCGAUACCAAAAAAUCAACACCCUACACCCUGUUCAUCAGCCGAUACCAGAAAAUCAACACCCUACACCCUGUUCAUCAGCCGAUACCAAAAAAUCAACACCCUACACCCUGUUCAUCAGCCGAUACCAGAAAAUCAACACCCUACACCCUGUUCAUCAGCCGAUACCAGAAAAUCAACACCCUACACCCUGUUCAUCAGCCGAUACCAGAAAAACAACACCCUAUUCAACAUUGUCUAACGUUGUUUAUUUCACCUGUAAACAAAACUAUUCUCAUUAUACCUAAACCAUGUAUUUUUCAAAUGUAAACAACCCAAAUGCACAUCAGGAAAUAGUUUCAGAUACCAACACCAAAUAAUGUACAGUAGUUUCUUUGUAAAUGAUUGUUUAAUUAUAUGCACAGAGAAUUUACUCUUUUAAAUAUGUGGGCCUACAGUAGACUACCCGUAAGUUUAUUAAUUUGAACAGUUACAGGGUUUGACAUUAACUUUUUUGGGCACUAGACCAAUCGGGCUACUUAAAAUGAUUUUUGCUAGACCUGACCUUACAUCCACUAGCCCUGACCAACGUUCCAGAAAAAAUCUUACAAGAUUCUCCAUAUCUAAAUACAUGUACUUAAUUUAAAUGAAAAACGUUAAGUUUGAACUAAAGCGCAUUUAAUUGUCUCAAAAAAAUCUUUAAUCUCGUCAUUCAAUUUGAUGCUUUUACUUUCAACCAUUUUUUCAGUUUCUUUAAAUUUUACCAGCACGGAAAUUCUUUAAUCCAUUUAGAAUAAAUUGACCUCAAUAUUUUUUUAAAAAUUUCUAUUUCAUAAGCCCUGCUUUGUUUCUACCCAACGUUUUCCUUUUUAUUUUUCUUUCUUGAGACAUCUUUUGCUUUCAUUGAGGACGAGAUUUCAUAUUUGAUUAUAUAUACAUUCCCGCACAUAUGUUUAAUAAACACUUUCUUAUAUUCAAUUCAAAUGAACUGUUUUUGGUGUUUUUUUUAAUGAAAAUGAAUUGAAUAAUUCUAUUUAACCAAAACAUAACUUUACACACAUUAACAAUGUGUAGAUGUCGUAGAACAUCACUUACGACCGCGACUUAUUAGAACUAAAGAUAGAGAUUAUGUCAUCAUGCGGUUCAAAAUUGCUCGCAUUUUAACUCUUUACAGUUAUUUUUUUAUGAAUAAAAUAUCUUAUGAUUUAAAGUAAAGUUUCUUAAAUUUGUUUAUAUUUUUAACACGACCAGUCGGACUAGUAAAUAAACAUUUUACCCGACCGGACCUAUCAUUUAGUAGUCUCAGUCGGUCGGACGUGCCUUAGUGUCAAACCCUGAGUUACUGGAGUGAAUUCAUUAGGGGUAACCAUGCAGUCCAAACAAUAAAAACCUGAAACAGAUGCAGAUAGAAAAAAGACAUUCAGAGACAUGUGAAUGGAAGAAAAUGAUUGAUUAUAUACCUAAAUUGGAAUGAUUGACAUUAUAAUGAAUAAUGAGAAAAACCUUAAACUACUUUACACUUUCUAUUUUGCUCCAACGAUACUGAUUUUUUGUUGGUGACUGACAAAUAUUGAAAAUGGGCUGCAAAACUGUUACACUUCUAGGCCAAAAUCACUGACAGAAUUUUUCAAGUUUCUGAAUUCGCAAACUCUGGUUUAAGAAUACUGAACUUUAUGUUGGGGUGUAAGAGG